CUCCAGCUGCCUCGCUGGAUGGAGUGUUUUGGUGUGUUUCCUUCUGUGUUUUGGCUGCUCGCCUCCUCUUCCAAAGGGAGGUGUGGGAGGAAAGAGGGAGAUAAAGGGAGGGCGGAGGAGGAGGCGGUUCUGGCGCUUGUUGGCUUUGUCACAUCGCGGCUGCCUGCGAGAGCUUUCAGCAUGCAUCCCUCGCCUUGCGCCGACGAGAUGGGAGAUGCCCCCGCGGUUGACAUUGUGGACAUCUAUGAAUCCAUACGUGAGCGGCAGCGUCAUGAUAGUGAAAGGUCUACCUGUAGUGCUUUGGAACAGAAUGACAUUGAAGCUGUUGAGGCACUUGUUUGUAUGAGUUCCUGGGGUCAAAGAUCACAGAAAGGUGACCUAUUAAAGAUAAGACCUCUUACACCUGUGUCAGAUUCAGGCGACUUUACAAUGCACACUGAGCCUACAUCUGAGCUGCCCAAGGAUUAUAACUUCUUAUCCACAUUGUGUAUGACUCCACCGUACAGUCCAGAUUUUGCUGAGCCAUCCAUCUCAGCACUGCUCUCUUCCCAAGUCACUUAUUCAAAAUCGAGGACCAUAAUGGCUAAUUCACCUGCCUGCCUCAGCACUCCUCCUGGCUGUGCUCCUGCUGCAGCCCAGCCACUUGCCCUGAAUUUGGAGAGGCAGUCCAGCCAGAAGCCAGCAAGGGCUGACCAACCUGUUCCUCAGCUCUGCAGGGCCAUGGCGACCAGCGUGAUCCGUCACACGGGGGACAGUUUUGCUUACUCACGCAUUUCUGCCACACAAGGGAAAGCAGAAACAAUAUCAGGCGACAGCAGUUCUGGAGAUCGGCAUGAAACACAAGACCAGAGACAUCGAAAAGUCUUACAGGAUUCUGAUGCUGCCGACACCUUAAUUUAUCACCCUUCAUCAGUAAAUGAACCUUGUUUGCACAGGUCAGGUUGUAACACUGCAGAAAAAGGACAGGAAAUGCCGCAGACUUCUAUCCCAAAGAACUGUGAGAAGGACGCACUGCAAAAGAGCACCCCUCUUUUGUCUACUCCACUUUCAAAUCCCCCAAUGAUCUGCCAAAUGAUCCCCUUGAACGGACAAAGAGGUAUGGUUCCUGCCUUUCUAAAGCCCUCUACUCAGAUGGCAGCAGCGGUCAAGCCCAUCUUACCCCACACAGCCCCAAUUUCCCAGCCUCUUCUAAUGGGACCUUCUAUGCCUCAGGGGACUGUUAUGUUGGUUCUUCCACAGGCGGCCGUUGCUCAGGCACCACCGUGUCCACAGACUGUGUUGUCUGUUGGAAACACCAAACUCCUACCCCUGGCUCCUGCUCCAGUUUUCAUUGCCUCAGGUCAAAGCAGCGCACCUUUAGUAGACUUUUCUCGCCGGAGAAAUUAUAUUUGCAACUUUCCUGGCUGCAGGAAAACCUACUUCAAAAGCUCUCAUCUCAAAGCCCACCUCCGUACUCAUACUGGAGAAAAACCUUUCACUUGUAGCUGGGAAGGCUGUGAUAAAAAGUUUGCCCGCUCCGAUGAACUUUCUCGGCACCGCAGAACCCACACAGGGGAGAAGAAAUUUGCUUGUCCCGUCUGCGACCGCCGCUUCAUGCGCAGUGAUCACUUGACAAAACAUGCCCGCCGUCACAUGACCACAAAGAAGGUACCCAGCUGGCAGACGGAGGUUGGCAAACUGAACAGAAUUGCAACAGUGGAGAAACCUAGAGGCGAGGGCACUUUGAGCAUGCUCCUGCCUAUGUUGUCUUCAGGUUAAUAGGCCUGUUUUUGGAAAAAUAGACAUUCAAGACUCAAGUUGGAUAGCUCAAAAGCAGCUUUGACUGAUUUCCUAAUGUCUAUUAAUGGUUGUUUUAUUUUGUAUUGGGGAGGGGAAACACUGUAAUGUUUUCUAUUCUCUACCUGUUCUCCGCCCCCCCUCUUUAGUUUAUGUCCUAUUUAAUUGUUGAGGACAUCCCUUCCUUUUGUUGUCCUUUUCUUUUGUACCAAGCUUUAGAGCAGUCACCAGCACUUCAGGAAAGCAAAACUUUUUGGGGAAGGAUGUUGGCAAUGGACUUUAAAAAAACAACCACUUUAUCUUCAUUUGAGUAACAGUGGUUAAUGAAAAGUGAAACAGGGUGGUUUUUUAAAAAAAAACAAUUUUGAAAAUACAAGAUAUUUUGUAUUUGUCCAGCUGCAACCUGGUUUCACAAUCACCAUUUGACAAGAGUGAUAUAGAUGGUCAGGCUCACUGUGGGAAAACUGCUUUUUUUUUUUUUUUGCUGAACCAAUUGAAUAGUGAUGAUCUCACUAUGACUGAACUGCAAGUCUAGCACCUGAAUCUGCCUUUGGAUGCCUGCCCUGUGAUAGUUUAAGGCAGAGCCAUUGGUUCCCUUGACCAGAGAGAAGGUGUGGUAGGGAUUGUAUGAAUGAUGAAUACAUGAGGCUUCCUCAGGACCAAUUUAAAUUUGACACAGACUGCAUGUGCAGCUCAGCUGUCAGGGUAUUACCCACAUGGUCACUCCAUACAGCCAGCAUCCCAUUCCAAAACUUGUGGCAUGCGCAUAAAAACAAUACCCAAAAGACUGUUGGCGUAUGUCCAUUAGCAUAGAUGGAAAGAACCUUUUAAAUGUGACAACAGCUGUAUGAUGCUCGUACAUAAGGUAUGUCUUGUGGUAAAGUUACAUGCAGCCACCCACCGUGUUCUCUAAACCAGCUUUAGAAGAUUAAGGGCCAGUCUGGAUGAUGUCAUCCCCAAGGGGCAUGCCUCCAUUUUGUAGAGCCUUGGAAUGCCUUUAAAGAGUGCUGCAGGGCCCCAAUUCUGAUAGGAACAGCCAUGGUGCAGCAGGAGGCAGGGGCACACUUUUUUGACAUCAAACAAGUGGCACACUGCAGUGGUCCCAGUCAAAGUUGGACCCCUGCAGCAGUCUUCAAAAGACAUUCUGGGACUCUACAAAGUGAGGUGUGAACCCAGGGGUGGCAUCUCAUCUAGUCUGACCCUCUGAUUCCAAGGCUUUGGUUGCAUUUUGCAGGUCUUAACUGGAUAGGUAUAAUGCAUCAGAUUACUGAGAUGAUAAUUUGUUUUUUGUUUUGAACAAAGGAAUGACUUGUAACUUGGAAGUGCCUUCUAAUCUUAGCUCAGUGCAGAUACCUUUAAGAAGGUUAGUGUCUGUCACAAAUACCUAGAGCACAGUCCUGCUCAACAGUUUUAUAUCCCAACAGGAUAAUGGAAUAUAUGCAUAAAUCUCUCCUUUAGAUAUACAAAACAGGGUGUAAAAGUGUUCAAGUUUGGCAGAACUGUGCCCUCAGACAGUAGCAAAAAUGUAAAGAAGGUUAAAUGAAAAAAACCCAGCUAUAUAAUGAGUGAUCAUAAUGACCUAUAUAAAGGGGAGGUGACUUAAUAAAACUUUCAUUAUGACACACAAACUAACUGGAGAUUCGUCAGUAUACUGUCACAGAGGGUUGAAAUAAUUGCCAUCUUGAAUAUUCUAUGGGAGAUGAGCAAUGCAAAAUGAGACAUUUACACCCUUGGAAUAACUCUGCAUAGGAUUGCACUGCUAGUCAGCUGGUGCUCUUUCUGUAACACUUUGCUUUAAAAUGAGAGUGGUUUAUAAUGCUUGUAAAACUCUGCAAGCCCCAGUAAUAACCUGUUCUAGAACAGCAGUUUAUCUCUCUUGGAAGGGGCCAGUUUAUCUCUCUUGGAAGGGGCCCCAAAAGUCCUUAGCUUUCAAAGAAAACCAAUUUAUAUCUUACUAUGAUAUAACGUGUGAUUUUUCUGCAUUGUAAAAUGAAAUGCAAGACUAGUAAUUUUUGUAGGGCUGAUGUUUCUUAUCUGUUUUUAGGGAAGCAUGAAUUGUGGGAUACACGGACCACUGAGCUACCCUCUCAAAUAAUCACUAAAAUUUUACAUACAUAUUUUUGAUCAGGAUGGAAAAAAAGUCUUAAUGAUGUGAAAGGUGUGUGUACAUGUGCCUGCCUAAAACAUCUGAUUUUUCAUUAGCAUUUAAAAUUAAAUAGAGCUCUAAUUAAUUGUUGUAUCAGACCAUUAUUAAGCCAAAAUUGCAUUCAUGUACUUUCUUGGUGUUCAUCUGAGACAAUGAGAGUUGAAUGACAAUACAUUGGGAUAUAAAUGGUAGAAUCAUAACAUGGAAGCUAAGAUUCUUAAAGCUUACACUAGCAUAACUGUCAUCAGAUCUAGAAUAAUGCUAGGCAAAGGUGGUGUUUAGGCUUGCUGGUGUUUUUACUGGCCUUGCUGCUGUGCCUCUGACAGCAGUUUUUUAUCUGCAGAGGUUUGGGAAGAGAAUCUUACCCAGUCACUUUAUCUUCAUGCUUUACUUUCUUGCCAAGAAAAAAUAAUUGGUGGCUCUACUGGUGUAAUAUCACGAGUUUGUGAAUUUGCAAUGAUAAGUAUGCCUGUCCUAAGCGUGUAUCUGCUGGUCCACUUAUUCUUGAGUGUGAAAGGCCUCAUUUUCACUAAACAACCAUCUUCUCUCCUUUUUUUAAAAAAAAGGUAAUUAUCAUGGGUGUAUCAAUUAAGCGUUGUCGUAAGUUGUUAGAAUCUUGGCAUGUAUUUCUGUUUCAUGUAUUAUAAAUGGGAUUCCUUUGAAAGAAUGUUCAGCCAGGCUGUGUACCUUGUGCCCACCAAGCCUAGUGCAGCCAUGAGCCAUGGGUUGUGGCCCAUCAGGUCUUUUGCAGACCAUCCUGCUUUAGCAGUCUCCAGCAGGCAGCCAAACCAGGCAGCCUCCUGAGCCCCUGGUUGGCUGGUGGGCCUGAAAUUAUGCAAGUUUGAGUUAAAGGCUAUAAAAAUGGCACCUUGGUAUAUGCAUAUUUCCUUUACUUCUAUUUAUAUAAAAUUCUUCAAAUUUGAUAGUUUAAGAACCAGCACAACUAUGGGAUCACUCAAACAGAACAAGUCAGUGGUCAUAAUGAUUUUCCAUUUUAUGCUCAGUUAAUUGAAAAUAAUAAGAGUGACACUUGUUCAGUGCUGAGUGGCACUAAAGAACUUUGAGGAGGUAAAUGUAAAUGGCACAAAUGUGGUGUGUAUAACCAGAUUUAAACAGCAUAGUCAGACUGGAGCCACUGUCCCUGCUUUUGUCCCCCACUGUGCAGUAUGCAGGUCACAAUACACUGUUGCAAAGAAGUUACCUGAAAUCAACAGAUUUCCUUUGUGUACUUGAGAGCCAGAUGUCACUGUUUCCCAAAAGUGUCCUGAUUAUUAGCUAUCUCUGAUUUUAAGACUAUGGAAAACUAUGUUCAGUGUAGUAAAUAUAUUGUGCCUAAUAUUUUAUAUAAA